UUUUCCGAUUCAUUUUUAUUUAGCAUUCAGAGGAAUAAGAAAUACUUUCCGAAACAAAAAAAUAAUGUGUUUACGUAUUUUAUGAAAGUAAAUUUCUAUAUUUGUAUUUAUCAUAAUCUUCUCCUUCCACAAAAUGAGAUGAAGAUAAAUUCCCUUGGUAUAUUGAAUAUAGACGUACCCAUCAUUGAUAUAGUGACUGAUAAGGACUGAUCCAAUUAAUAAGAAUAUGAAAUUAGUAAGGAUUAUGUCAAUAUAAUCGGAUUGGUCUUUGCCUAUGUCGUUGGAGACUGUACUUGGAGGGGUCCUCCAAUCCUUCAAUAAUUGUCUUUCCUAAACAUAAGAUAAUGUAAAUAAGUAAUUUGGGAUUCAAUUUAUUUCAUUUUAUAUGGAUCCUUAAUUUAAGUUUAUAAACAUCUGAAGAAGUCACUUCUAUUUUAUUUUGUUUUGUUUUUGAACUUUAUGAUAUUUUAGUUGUGAAGACAAAUACAAGGGGGUACUUACAAAGACAAUCAUAUCAAGGAGACGUGAGUCAUGCCAGAUGCUGGUGGGUAUCCAUAUUUGCUCAUGUGAUGCUAUCAAAGACCCAUAAUAUUUCUCUUUGAUCGGUUCUUUGAAUUAUUCAGUUUCUCUGAUCCUUUCAUUACCUACUUCUAUUUUUGUCUCACUAUUAAAACAGUUAAAAGAUAUGUCGACUCAUAUAUGUCCAUGCAUACACACGUCACACCCUCUUUGCAUGUUUUCCAUUGGACCUGAUUUGUCGAUAUAGGCCCUUAGCAAUGAUGAUCUCACUGUUGGAAAUUUACCAACAACGAAUCACAACAAAAUAUCGAUUGUAAUAACAUGUAGUGAAAACCGAAAAAAAAACAAAUUGUAGUGAAAACCUAUCACAGAAAGAAAAAAAAUGACUAAUAUAGUUAUAAUGCAACUAUAUAUAGAGAGGUCUAUGUCUCUUCUGGUACUUGUCUAAGUGAUCAGUUAUCACAUAUGCUUUUGUCGUAUGUCUCUUCUUGAACUAGUUUCCGGCGAUGUCCCUUUCUUGAACUCGAUUAUUUUUACAUCAAAAUUGUGUGGUAAGCUUAUGAUGUUUGUCUAAUUAUGCACUCAGGACUUUGGCAAUACGUGUCGAUCUUAGUAUAGCAAAUAAUGUUCUCAAUUUAGUUAUAUAUGUAUGCAUUCUCAUCAUUUGGAUUAUUUGUCUCUAGUAUUAUUUACGCUUGCGUGUCACGGAUGUGAUUGUUGACAAAACAUGGACCCUAAUGCCUACUUCGUUACAUCUUUGUAUUUAUUUCAUACAAUUAUUUCGGAUCGAGGUUACCCUUUUUCUAAAGCUUUAGAUUGGCAUCGGCCUUUUUUAUGUAUUUUUAUAUUAGAAACUCAAAGAACUAACUGAGACUCCGUCAGAUCGGGAAAAAAAAUUAGUCCUUACUAUGACUUACACAUCAGUGACCUAAUUCUACAUGGAAGACAAAUUUAUUUAUAGCAAUGCAUGAUUUAGCAGUAUAAAAUAUUCAUGAUGUAACGGUUUGAAUUGUUAAAACGAUUUUAUACUAAUAUGAAAUUUCAUAAAGUUUGCAAAUACUCUUGGCAGAUUAGAAAGAAAAAGGCACUUAUGUCUUCUUACUCCAAUUCUUGUCGCCAACAAUAUAUCAACCAUCUGCGUAUUUAGAGCAGCAUUAUCGAUGUCUCUUAAUGAGUUUCUUAGGGUAAUUGUGAAUUAAAAGAAAAUCAAAAAUGCUGCAUAAGGUAAGGUAUGUAUCUUAAUUAAGAGGAGCAAGGGACGGCUCUUGUAGCCACGUAUAGGCAAAUGAGAAGUGAGAGGAGAGGUUUGUUUUUUUUGCUUAUGUUCUUUCUCUCUCUGUCGGUGGAUCCUCGAAUCGCUCAGGAGAGAAUCCAAGAGAAGCGGGAAGAGAUGAACCGUCUUCAACGGUUCGUCGAUGAGAACGACAAUCUCAUCAGUCUCGUCAAGAAGCUCCCCGAGAAGCUCCAUCACAACAUCAUGUCGAGUUUUUCAAUCCAUUCAACACCUUCCUUUACAUUCGAAUUUCGUACACCUUUUGAUUGAAUCUUUGUAUACACAGGUUCACUUCGGUAAAAUUAUGUUCCAGGUCGGUUGAUUCACACCAACGAGUGUUUGGUGUUUUUGGGAGAGAACUACUAUACGGACAGAACAUUAAAGCAGACAGUUGAUGUUUUGAGGAGAAGAGACAAGACUUUACAGUCUCAGAUUCAUUCACUUAAAGCUGAGAUUGAUGACUUUCAAACGGAGGCUUCGUUCUUUGCUAAUACUUCUUCAGAAGCAGCGAAAGGAGUUCUUGAGAUUAGAGAAGAGUAUCAAAAAGAAGAAGAAGAUUUUGGAACUGUGUUUCAGCCAGUAUGCGGAGGAGAGCGAGCUUGAUGUUGUGAAUGGUCUUGGAGAUAAAACAAACGGCAAUAGGAUUGGAUAUGAGGAAUUUGUUCUUGAAAAGCCACAAUAUCUCAAAAAAGAGGAUCAAUCACGUGGCGGAAUCCCCCAGCAAAACGCUGAAACAUUGAGAGACUUUCAAGCGACCUCCAGAGGAAAAGCAAGUUCCAGUGUUGUAGGUCCACAAAAGAUUGAGUCACCUAUACAGAAACUGGAGUCCAAAUUUGAUACUAACAAGGCUUUUACUGGAUCGAUCGUAGAGCACACUCAUAAUCUAGAAACGAACACACUCGGCAAAAUGCAGCCUUCAGGGUCUCAGCCAUCAAAACCGGUUUCAAGAUUCAAGGCACAGAGAAGGUAGAACAAGCAGUGAGGUCUAUGUACAAGUUUGUUUGGCUCGCCUUCUGAUAUGUAAGAAGCAAGAACACAUACAAGUGUCAGUGUGUGCAUCUUAUAUACAUCUUUUUUUUAAGAACCAUUAAUUACGAACCUUGCAAUGGACCACUUAAAUGUUUAGGUUUCUUAACCUUGUCUCUUAAUUCACUUUUUGUGCUUAAAAGCAUUAAAAAGGUAAUAAAAACCUUUAAUGGGUCUUUGCAAUAAUCAUGUUCUUAGUGUUUUACUGUUGGUAUGUAGCUUGUUGAACACUAGAUUUCACUGUAAAAGAUAACAUAUCACCUAUCAAGUUUGACACAAAUUCAUGUAUA